GACACCAUUCCCAGGGUGCUCCGUGCCAGGCGCCACCCUCAUCCCCCACCCCACCGUCUGCAUGAGGUACUACAACUGCAGCGACCUGUCCCCCCGCACCAACCGACUGGCCCGGUAUGAGGACGAGUGCCCCUACCCCCAGCUGUUUGACGGAGUACUCAACGCCUGCAGACGCUGGGACACAGCAAACUGUGGGCCAGACAGGGUCAUCCAAACCGCGCCAUGCGAUUAUUUGAAAAUUAAGAGCUGUGUGGGGGACCACUGUCAACCUUGUGAGGCCACCUACCCUUCAUGUGUGGGCGUGGCUGACGGAUACCACGAAUACCCAUUGAAGCUGUGGUCAAGGUAUUACACCAACUGCUACUACAACAGAACCGAGUUCCUCACCUGCCCGACCCUACCCUCCGGGCUGCCCGGGUACUUCUCCCCUCUGAAGAAGACCUGUGUGUCGAUAUACGAGGUCCCCACCUCCACAGGUUUCGGGAAAGCCCCGAGUUGUGACGGGAAAGAGGCUAGGUUUUACAGCGUUCCGGAGAGGCCUAUCGUGUACUACAGCUGUCCCAGCGCACAGGUUUAUUACUGCAAUUAUCUCCAUGUUUUUAGUGACGCCAUUCAGAGCUGCUUAUAGAGUCGACGUCAUAGCUCUACAGUAUCAUUGUUUUACUGCAAGUAUCUUCACUUUUUUAAUGACGCCUCUCAGAGUUGCCCGUAGAGUCGAUGUCACUACUCUACACAGAACAUUGUAUUGCUGCAGGUAUCGCCAUGUUUUCUUGAUGACGUCAUGCAAAGUUCUCUACACGCUAUAGCUACGUCACAGUUCUUCACCCAUCAUUGUUAACUAAAGGUAUCUCCAUGUUUUUUAAUGAUGUUAUAUUAUUAUAACGUCACAUUACUGAUGCACUCGUCCGUUACGACCUUGUAUCAGACGUUGCAUCAGUGAGAAUUUUCACUAGACGACAACACAGGUGCCCGAGUAAAAACAUCAUCAACUGUAUAUAGACCACGCUCAUGUUUUUGCCAUUGUGAUAAAAUAAAAAGAAAUUA